AUGGUGAACGUGAAGGGCACUCGUGAGGUCGAGUACAACUGCCGCGCGGCCGUCUGGCUGUUCAAGGAUGCGGAGAACAACAUCUUCCAGUCUCCUCAGAAGAACCUGAGCAAGCACAUGAUCAUCCGCUACAAGACCGGCCGCAAGGCCGGGCGUGCUGUCCUCAAGACCAUCAGCAGGUCCAUACGGGCCCCGAGACGCAUUUGGGCCGACUCCCACGGCAUCGCCAUCUUCCGCGGCCCCUACAACUACCGUGGUGAGCGCCUCUGGGUAAUCGAUGCCACCAAUACCGUCCCCGUCUUCCUGAGCGUCGUCAGUCUCGACACCCGACGGUGCUUCCGUACCGCGAUAAACACGGUCUGCUUCGUGCCCCAGCUCCAGACUGUCGACGAGACUGGAGUGAAGCAUUACAUCACCCCUGUUGCCGAGAACUGGUUCGUCCAGUGGCCCGUGGGGCAGCCCCAGCUCGUGGAGCGCAAGGAGGGCCCCUUGCCGGAUGAACCCACCACCAUCACCAGCGCUGCCGCUCGCAAGCAAUCCUUCCGGGAUGAGUGGCGUGUCCGUGGAGGGGGUGGGGCCCAGCUGGGUGCCUUGGAACGGGAAUGGGAAGACGGCCACGAGGAGGAAGCUUUACAGUAUCAGAAAGAGUUUGCUGAUACGCCGGAUAUGGGAGAGCAACUGGCCGUCUCCUUCGAUCUUCCCAUGCGCCCCAUGGCUUAA